AUGUCGACCGAGGCGGAGCUGCGGUCGCUGGACCGGCAGAUCGCGGAACUGAUGCAGCAGAAGGCAGCGGUGCAGGCCAAGAUGGAGCGUGAGGCUGGCGGCGCCCGUGCCAAGCAAAUGAGCGCCGAGGUGGUGGACAGCAACCCUUACAGUCGCCUAAUGGCUCUCAAGCGUAUGGGAAUCGUCAAUAACUACGAGAAGAUCCGUGACUUCUCUGUCCUCAUCGUAGGUCUCGGAGGAAUUGGUUCUGUAGCCGCCGAGAUGCUCACGCGUUGCGGCAUCGGCAAGCUCAUUAUGUACGACUACGAUACCGUGGAGAUCGCCAAUAUGAACCGCCUCUUCUUCCGCCCCGAACAGGCAGGAAUGACCAAGACAGCAGCCGCCAAGCAGACCCUACACAGUAUUAAUCCAGACGUGAUCUUCGAGGAGUACACGAUGGAUAUUACUACAACCGCCAACUUCGAGCAGCUUCUGGACCGCAUUCAAUACGGUGGAGUGGACGGCAAGAGCAAAAUCGACCUGGUGCUGAGCUGUGUGGACAAUUAUGCGGCGCGUACGGCACUGAACCAAGCGUGUAACGAGCUGAACCAGGAGUGGAUGGAGUCGGGCGUGUCGGAGGACGCAGUGUCGGGCCAUAUUCAGUUCCUGCUACCAGGACGCACAGCUUGCUUCGAGUGUCUUCCGCCGCUAAUUGUGGCCAGUGGCAUUGACGAGUCUACACUGAAGCGCGAGGGCGUAUGCGCAGCCUCUCUACCGACUACUAUGGGACUUGUGGCUGCUCUGUUGGUGCAGAAUGUGUUGAAGUACUUGUUGGGCUUCGGUCAGGUGUCGUACUACUUGGGCUACAGCGCUAUGAAGGAUUUCUUCCCGUCGGACGUCAUGCGUCCGAACCCCGAGUGCUCGAACGCGCAGUGUCGCAAGCAACAGGCGGUGGAUGAACACAAGAGCUGGACGCCCAUGGUCUGGACGGCUCUGGGUCAUGAUGGUCAGGAGAAUCUUGUUGUGGAACACGAAGACAAUGAGUGGGGCAUCGAGCUUGGCGGAGACGACGACGCCUCGGAGGCUCCAGCUACAGACACGGCCAAGCUGGCGUCCGGUAUCUCGUUUGCGUACGAUCAGCCCACUACAGCGCCGGUAGCUGCCGCUGAUGAUCAGUCGGCGUCAGUAUCGGACGUGGACGUCAGCCUGGAAGACCUCAUGGGACAGCUGAAGUCGCUUUAG